AUAUUAGCAAUUUUGUCAGCUUUAUAUUAUUAAUUCUUCAUUAUGAUUCAGCAUCUUUUCAAGUCAGUCUUAUCCUACCUGUUCGUUAUAUAACAAGUGUGUCGGAUCCUGUCUCUCUGUAUUACUAAUUCCUGUAUAACCUAUCUUUCGACCAAACAAAUCCUAAUCUUUUAUUACCUUUCAACACUAUAUAUGGAUCGUAUUCAUUUUAUCCAUUGAACCUAACUAACUCCUAGCUAGCCAUGACUUCAUUUUGGAUCACAUUAUCAAUAGUUCUACUUCUUUUCUAUUGUCUUCAUGAGCUAUGGAGGAACAACAAAAGAAAAAAACUUCCACCAAGUCCCAAAGAAAUUCCAAUUUUGGGACAUCUUCAUUACUUGUUAGGCAAAAACCCUCAUCAAGAUUUGAAUAACUUAGCCAAAAAAUAUGGUCCAAUCAUGUACUUAAAAUUAGGUCUUGUUGACAACAUAAUUGCUUCUUCUCCUCAUGCAGCUGAGCAAUUUCUCAAGACAUAUGAUCAAAAUUUUGCAAGUAGACCACCUCAUGAAGUUUCAAAAUACAUUAUGUAUGAUCAAAAGAACUUGUCUUUUGGAACAUAUGGUCCUUAUUGGCGAAAUAUGAGAAAAUUAUGCACGUUGGAGCUACUUAGCACUACAAAAAUCAAUUCAUUUCAAUCAAUGAGAAAGGAAGAAUUGAAUCUUUUGGUUGAAACACUCAAGACAAAAUCUCAUCAAAAAUGUGUGGUUGAUUUGAGUGAGAUUAUAACACGUUUAUCGGUCGAUAUGAGUUGUAGGAUGAUUUUUGGAAAAAAAUAUAAAGAUGAAGAAUUUGAUGGGAGGGGAUUUAAAUGUGUUGUUAAUGAAGGGAUGCAAUUAGCAGCAGCACCUAAUAUUGGUGAUUUUUUUCCCUAUAUUGGUAAAUUGGAUCUUCAAGGUUUAUUAAAAAGAAUGAAGGAAAUUAGCAAGGUGUUUGAUAAAUUUUUAGAGAAAAUUAUUGAUGAACAUGAAGAGAUUUAUAAAAAAGGACAAGAUCAAAUCAACAAUGACUUUGUUGAUACAAUGUUGAACAUCAUGAAAUCUGGAGACACUGAGUUUCAGUUUGAUCGUGGUCAUGUUAAAGCUAUUUUGUUGGAUAUGCUAUUAGCUUCAAUGGACACUUCAGCAACAGCAAUUGAUUGGAUACUCUCAGAACUCUUAAGGCAACCAAACAUACUACAAAAACUUCAAAAAGAAUUGGAAGAAAAAAUUGGAAUGACAAGAAUGAUGGAGGAGUUAGAUUUACAUAAUUUGGAAUACUUAGAUAUGAUCAUAAAAGAAUCAUUAAGGCUUCAUCCUGUGGCACCAUUAUUAAUCCCUCAUCAAUCUAUUGAAGAUUGCAUUAUUGAUGGAUACUUUAUUCCAAAAAAUUCAAGAAUAAUGGUGAACACCUAUGCCAUAGGACGUGAUCCAAAGGUGUGGCCUAAUAAUCCAGAUGAGUUUAUUCCAGAAAGAUUUGUGGGGAGUAGCAUAGACCUUCGUGGACGUGAUUUUGAGCUUCUUCCAUUUGGGUCCGGUAGAAGAAGUUGUCCUGGUUUGCAUUUAGGACUCACCAUGGUACGUUUAGUCGUGGCACGAUUGGUUCAUUGCUUUGAUUGGGAACUUCCAAAUGGUAUGUUACCAGAGGAUUUGGACAUGGGUGAGGAAUUUGGUCUUGUUACUACUCGAGCCGAACAUCUAAUGGCUAUUCCUACUUAUAGGUUGUCAUUUAAGUGAUUUUGUUCGGCUUAAUAACUUUCAUCGUAAUUUGAGUUCAAAGACCCGAUGGUACACAAAUUUUUGUAAUUUACGCCAAAUAUUGCGUUUCACUACGUUCUUCACCGA